ACUUUCGCAAAUAAUAUUGACAAUAACAAACAAAAAUGUGUGAUCAACAGUGAAGGCGAAGAGAGUGAGAACUUGAACGUGAUUAAGCUUGUCCAGGAAUCUUUAAAGAGUCGCAAGAUGUCAAGAAGCGUUCGUGGCAUUUCGUGGAAUUCUUCGCAUUCUUAAAUUUGACCACUUCUGGUUUGGUUUCUUAAAGACCGACAUGAAUCAGUAAAAUUGUUACAUAUUAUUUCGAAAUAGUCAUGGAACAUUGGGACAAAAAGGACAAAAAUAUUCCUGUGCCUUCCCCUAGGGAUUCCUCGCAGAAUAUUCUGCAGAGGAUUUCCAAUUUGUGCGGCAGCUACGAAAUGAGCGAUGUCAUUCUUGUGGUUGGUCCCAAAGAAUUCCCAGCACACCGUCUUCUCCUCUGCCUCUCCAGUGAAGUGUUUAGGGUAAUGCUGAUGAACAAGGAAUGGAACGAGGCUCAGGUAAUGAAAGUGGAGCUCCAGGAGUCGCAACAGUGCUGUGAACAUUUCCACAAAUUCCUCGCGUUCUUCUACAGAGGCAAAAUUAGUAUUUCAGUUGACGACUGUUUGCCACUUUUGUGCCUUGCAGAUAAAUAUAAUGUUAAGGAAUUAAGCUCAACUUGUUUGGAUUACAUGUGUUCCCACAUCGCGUAUGCUGCCACAAAAAGUAUCUUACUCUCCUGGCUGCAAUACACUCACUGCUGUAGCCAUUUAAUAGCUGCCCAGGCCUGCCAGAAUUUCGUGUUGUGGAACUUCUCAACUGUCGCAUGCGCGUCAGAUUUUGGUAGUUUAGAGCUGGAAUCAAUGGUUUGGAUCCUCCAGCAAAAUGAUCUUGUUGUCCAAGAUGAACUCGAGCUCUACAGGUUAGUGAUAUACUGGUUGGAACUGCAGCAGCUGCGACUCAUCGAUACUGACACGGACUUGGAAGAGACGAUGGAGAUGUACACAAAAACCACCAUGAUGUGCAUUCGCUUUCCCAUGAUGUCUCCGAGACAGCUGGCUGACCUGCUCCUUCAGGGCGAGGUGAAAAAGUACAAAGACUUCUUUGUAGACAGACUCGGCCUCGGAAUGGCAUUUCAUUCUUCCAACCACCAUCAUCUAGUCAAACUGAUGAAGAAUGAGUCGGGUUUGAUGCUGACCCCUCGCAUCUACAUGACAGACACAUGGAGCUCGGGGCUGACGAUUGAGAAGUACUCGGACAUCCAGCCCUACCACACGAGCACCCUAGUUUUUUCCAUUCCAAUCUCAUUCUCAGAGUGCCAUCAGAGCAGCCACGUCGAGUGGGUGGCCGACUUCUAUCCCAGAGGCCUGUGGUAUCCAAAAGGCCUGCUGAUCGCGUGGGAGGGCACAAAGGAAAUCCCAGAGGCUGUGCUCAAGACGUGCAGGCUGUCGCUCACCUGCAGAGACCUUGAGAGCAUAAGCAAAAUGCAUUUUCACGUCAAAAUCGGAAUUCUGGUCACUGGAACCAGUGCUGGAAUCGAGCACGUGGCGCAGGUUGUUUACAAGCAUCAUUACUUUGACCGCAGUAACUGCGUGCUGCACAUUGAUGAUUUCAUGCCCUAUGAAAAGUUGCUGAAUAGUAAAUUUUUGGUUGGACCUAAUUCAGACACUCUGAAGCUGCGGAUUGUCAUAGAACCCCUUGUUGAUAUGAUAAAAUGAAUUAUUACAAUAAAAAAUUGCAAAAUUUAAA